AUGGCCGACCCUAGGAUGUUCCCUUCGGGAUCAGACGACCGCGCCGACGCCUCCGACGCGGGACGCCGGGUCUACAACCCGUACCAGGACCUCAACAUGCCCUACAGCUACCGGACGCUCUACGACCUCCCCACCUCGCCGGAGUUCCUCUUCGAGGAGGAGGCCCUGGCGCAGCGGCGCUCGUGGGGUGAGAACCUCACUUUCUACACGGGCGUCGGGUACCUCUCGGGCGCCGUCGGCGGCGCCGCCCUGGGCCUCCGCGACGCCGCCAGGGGCGCCGAGCCCGGGGAGACCGCCAAGAUCCGCGCCAACCGCGUGCUCAACGCCUGCGGCAGCUCCGGCCGCCGCGUCGGGAACACACUGGGCGUCAUCGGCCUCAUGUACGCCGGGAUCGAGAGCGCCAUGGUCGCGGCCCGCGACCGCGACGACUGGAUCAACAGCGUCGCCGCUGGGCUUGGCACCGGCGCGCUCUUCCGCGCCGCCAACGGGCCGCGAUCCGCAGCCGUCGCAGGCGCCCUGGGCGGGAUCCUCGCCGCCGCCGCCAUGGGGGGCAAGCAGCUAGCCAAGAGAUACGUGAACGUGAUAUGA